UUUCAUGGAGACCCUCAUUCCUGACUGAGACAUUGUGGUUGCAUACCAAGGAAAUAACAAGUUUCACGAGCCAUCUUGGCAGCGCUAAGGUCAUCAGUGACAUAAAAAGACUUGUCGGACAGCCGGUCCCUUGUUCAUAGCAUCUUCGUCCGUGCCGUUCCUACACUCGAUCACAGAUACCACUAUUCCUAAUGAAGCUGUUUAAUAAGAACAAGGAUAGGUUAGAACGACAAAACUCCAAUCCGCUCUUAGCAGAGCAGGCACUGCAACGUAAGAAUCCUGCUAAGAAAAUAAUUGAGCGGGGGCCGGAAGCUGCUCGUGAAGCGCAUUGGCAGCCACCCCUUCAACGACACAUAAAGCCUGAUGAUGGAUCUGAAUUUGUGACUAUCCGAGUUCGCAUCCUGAACGGUGAUGCCGAACACGACUUCAACGCAAAGUUUCCAGCGGGGCAAUUAUUGGGUCAACGAGUCUGCAAUAUUAUUGCCGAUAGGGAGGGAUUACCGCCAGAGGCCCGCAAAAUGUUUGCUUUGUGGGUCGUUGGAAAGGAUCUUGAGCUUCAAGUUCAGCCCGAUUUGGACAUAUUUUCCUUAAUGAACAAGUGGAAUACAUUAGUGUUGGAUUUCACACAUUACCCCGAAGCCAUCGAUCCCACGCAUGCAAUCAACCGACAUUGGUUCGUUUACCGUCGAGAAGCGACAGUUACCAAAAGCUUUGAGCGCAGAUUUACCGACGAUCCAACUGUCCGAUUGCUUUAUGGCGAGGCCAAGCGCAACGUGAUGACCGGCCGAUAUGUGUGCCCUUUAGAAGAUGCAGUCUCACUAGGUGGAAUUAUGUUAGCCCUUGCAACGGGACCUUACGAUCGCUUGCGGCAUCCGGACGGAUAUAUUCUGAAAAACGAUUAUUGGAAAACCUUGAUCCCAAUGCGCUUACACGGAGAACUGAAGCCUCAGGAAUGGGAAGAUUGCCUGCGGAAUGAGCACGGCAAGCAUAAAGGACGACCAGUCGAGGCUCUUCGUAUGAUGUAUUUAGAGUUCGUCAGGGAAUUUGCCUGUUAUGGAUGCUCCUUCUUCCCUUGCUGCAAGCUCCGACCUCCUGCCGGGUUUUUCGAGUUCCGCUUGCAAAGGUGGAUGGUAGGGAUCAGCACAGAUGGUCUUGUGGUUUUGGAUCAGGACAAGAAUGGGUAUGCAUUUGCAGAACAAUGGGAGAAUCUGACAGUUAAGAGGUCAACUGAUCGGAUCAUCCUCCGAUGGAAAGAUAAGGAAACCGAGAAACCCAAAAAGUUGAAGCUCUUCACCCCACAAGCACAGAUGAUCCAAAAUUUGGCAUUGCGUGCCAAGUACGUAGCAUUGAAAACACAGCACGAGGCAGAAGAAAACGCUCGGAGCCCACUCGUUCCUGCUACGCCCGUGUCCGCUAGCAGUAGUUCAAACUCUACAGUUCAAACUCGCCGUGCAUCGAUACAAGCCAGUUCAUUGGGCUCUGGCUCUGGGAUCCAAGUGCGCGGAUUUACGUAUGGUGAUCCAUCUGCCUCGGGAUCCACCUCGCAAGGAAUGCCACGGGGUGCAUCGAACAGAGAUAUGAAGGGAUGGGAUAUGCCACCUGUGUACGAGGAUGCACUUAGGCGAAGCCAGCUUGAUCUUGGUCCAGAUAUGACAAAUGACCCGGGUAAAUCUUAUGUGUACGGAGCGCAGAAGCAACAGCCAGCAAGUUUUGAGGCCGCUCGGGUACGGCCUCCCUCACUCAUUGUAUCCAAUGGUGAAGGGAGCAGCUAUUCAACUGCCGCUGCUCAUUUACCCCCUCGAAUGGAACAGUAUGCGCACUUGAUUGAUGGAACUGGGCCAACAAGCGAGCUGGAUGCGGUUGAUGCGAUGUUGGUGUCCGCCGUUGCAGAUCUUGACAAUUAUGCACCAUCGGCCCCUCCAUCCGCUCCGCCUAUGGAUGUUCUGAGUCCUCAUGCGUACGCACAAACCCCUAAUCCUGCUGGUAUCCGCCAGUCAGUAUCAACAGGCAACGAAAGACCUGCGCUCUCAUCAUUUAGUCGAUCCCCUUCUUCAAAUGCAACACAACCGCUCAACACAUUUGCUAAUAGCCGCCGCCCAUCGAUGAUGGCUUUUACGGCCAUGCAGGGACAAGCGGAAGAUGCGUCUCGGGCACCCCAAAAGCAAGCUUUAGGAGCCUUCGCAAACGCCCGUAAACCGUCCAUCACCGCAUUGUCCGCCUUCUCCCCGCCAGGGGCUGACAACGCCUUGGCUGAUUCCUCGAGGUUGCAAGAAUCUCCGCUUCAGCAACCGUCCCACCUUGGACCGGCCGUACCCUCCAACCGCGGGCCGAUCAGCCGUCGUGCGUCCAUGCGUCAAUCAUCUUUUAGCGAUGCCGCACAUGCUAUUCCUGAGACCUCAGUGUACACAUCUUCCUAUGUCGCCGUCUCCCAUACCCCCGACGUAUUCACAGCCGUCGAAAAUUCCGGCAGCCGACCAUCUUCAUUCCAAGCAGGGACAUUCGGUCAGGCGCAAAGUAAUAUAAGUCGGGAUACCUCCUUUAACUACCAGAAACCAUCCAUCACCCCAUCUAGGUCGAGGAGUUCUAGUAUUGUGAGCGCCAUCGCAGGGGCUUUCAAAGACACUGGCGUCAGGAGAGGGGCGGACGCAGGACCUGAUUUUGCAGCAGCUUUAAAUCAUUACCUAUGAGAACGGCAAGGCACACACAUAUUGCUCCCACUAUUGUGGUGAUGAUUCCGUAUAUUAGCUAUUUCCAGGCUCAUCUUGCCUGAUCAUAAUGAACGCAAUGCGCUGUGUGUAAAUACAAAAGACUUAUGCAAGGUUCUCUACAUCAAAUACAAAUGAGUUGUAGACGGCCCAUCCUAACCACCCAAACUAUGCAAGGGUCUCGUUCGCUUCUAUAAACAGUGUCCGCCGUCACUCACUGAGCCGCCUUUCCUUCCC